AUGGCACCUAUAACGACGACCACCGCCGAGCCCGGUGCUGAUGAUGACUGGCAUUUGCUCUACAAUCCUUUUACCAGCACUAUCAAUGUGGACCAGAUCCAUACAGACAAUCCUAUCGAGCUGUUUCUGCAGCGGCCUCUCUAUGCUCCCUUGCUCUUCUCCAACGUCACCUCCGAUGCGAGAGACCAUUGUGCCAACGAACGAACAUUUCUGUCCUGGCUCCGACUGGCAGUCUACAUGGCUGUCGUGUCCGUUGCCAUCUUCAUCAACUUCCACCUGAAAAAUCAACCCAGUCCGCUUGAGCAGAGACUGUCCCACCCACUCGGAAUUAUCUUCUGGGUCCUGUCUCUGGCCUGUCUGGGGAGCGGAAUGGCGAAUUACAUGCAAACAGUGACAAAGUAUGCAGGACGGCGAGCGCUAGUUCAGUCAGGGAUCAAGACUCAGAUCAUCUUCGGGGUCGUGGCCACUGCCAUUGUCGCAGCAUGCGCGCUGUUUCUGGGCGCGGAGGCACAGGCCGCGCGGAUGAGGAAGGGCAACACGUGA